GACCUUCUCUUGAAUUCUCAAAACUUCUGUCGCUCCAUCCCCGCAGGGGCAGAGAACCCGUCGCUGUCUCGGCUGUGCUACCGGGGGCUCUGGGGAAGUCAGAAUAGUUGA